ACCAUUCCGGAACCGUGUCUCCAGACUGCUUGGCUGGUCUCUGCCGCCUGCCGUAGCACCGGUUCAUUUUGACCACAAACAGCUCAGCCCGAAUUUGAACUCUCCAUCCUUACUACACCUUCACGAUUCCCACUUUCUUUCUUUUCCUUUCUCUCACCCCCUUCACCCGCGCGACUUCGCGCAAUCCGCCACCAUGGACAUGAACCAUCUAAUAGGUCAACGGUUCAACCUCAUCUCCAAGAGUGACAUCCGUUAUGUGGGCACAUUACAUGAGAUUAACCCCGAAGCUUCCACGAUUGCCCUCGAGAAUGUCAUCUCUCAUGGCACGGAAGGGCGACGUGGAAACCCCGCAGAGGAGAUCCCUGCGUCCACAAGUGUUUAUGAAUACAUUGUCUUCCGAGGCAGCGAUGUAAAAGACAUCAGUGUAGCAGAGGACAACAAGGAGAACAACCAGCCUGAGCCUCCUCAGGUGCCAAAUGACCCUGCCAUUCUAGGGAGCAUGUCCCGUCCAGGGCCUCCUCAGGCUCUGCCCCGGCCUCAGCAGCCCCAACAGUCUCCAGGCCCUCGCCAGCCUCCUCCUGGCUAUCCUCAGCAACCGCAAUUUCAAGGUUUCUAUCCUCCUUAUGGUCAGCGCUUUGGCCCCCCUGGUUACCCUCCUGGUCCGGGUUUCCCGGGUAUGCCUUACGGUGCACCACCAGGAUGGUAUCCCCCUCCCGGGCAGGGUUUCCCUCAGCCACCAGGCCAGUUCCCACCCCAAAUGCCGCUUGGAGCUCCGGGUCAGCGACCUGUUGGCCCCCGUGCUCCUGGAACACCCGGUUCUGCCCCUUCCAUUCCUCAACCCACUUCUGAACUCCCAGGUGGUGACAAGGCCUCAAGCAAGCCUGUGACACCUGCUCCUGGCCAGGGCGCUGCCCCUCCACCGCCAGUAGAGUCGAAGCCCUCUGUGGCUGAGGCCGUCCAGGCUUCUGCGAAGCCCACCUCUGGACCUGCCCCUUCUGCUGCAGCUGGCCCCGCCACUCCAUCUAAAGUGCCACCUAAUGGUCCUAAGAGUGGUCGGGUUGUCCCGGCUAUUCCUCUUGCGAAUCCUUCCGUGAAGCCAGUCAUCCCGGCAGUGCCUAACAUCCCUGCUGGUAAUGCUGCAUCUCAGAGCUCGGCACAGGCUGCCAUCACUGAAGCCACUCGCGCUGCGACUGCUGCUGUGGCUGCUGCCAUGGCUAAACUGCCUCAGCCAAACGCGCAGAAUAAGCCCCAGCAGACCAACGCUGCUGUUGACAACCUCACUAAGAAGAUGAGUGAGGUCAAGGUUGACGGUAGCAACCGUGGCCAGCGCGGUGGAUACCAGAAUGCCAGAGGCGGACGUGGUGCUCACCGCGGACAGUUCCAGGGGCAGACCAAGAAGGUUGAGGUCCCAACUACCGACUAUGAUUUCGAGUCUGCGAAUGCCAAGUUCAACAAACAGGAUCUCCUCAAGGAGGCUAUUGCUUCCGGCUCUCCGGUGGCUGAGCCUGAAGACCAUGUCAACGGUACUGCUGAGGCGCAGACGGGGGCAGAUGGCGCUGCUACUCUCGCCCAGGCUGCUUAUAACAAGAAGUCGUCUUUCUUCGACAAUAUCUCUAGCGAAAGCCGUGACCGCGAGGAAGGCACCGGCAGAGGCCGGGAAUGGCGUGGCGAGGAAGAGAAGAGGAACAUCGAGACUUUCGGCCAGGGAAGUGUCGAUGGCUACCGUGGUGGAUACAGAAACCGCGGUCGAGGAAGAGGCUACGGAGGCCAAAGAGGCCGAGGUGGCUACAACCGGGGCUAUAACAACGCUCGUGGACGCGGCGGUAUCAGGGGCGGUCGUGGUGCUUCUCAAGCCACCGGCGUUCCUACACAAAGCUAGAUACACCUCUAGUACCGUUUAAGUUCGAUGAUGUGUUGCUGAGCCGCGUUGUUUGUUAUGUGAUAAUGUGAAGUUCCAUCGAAACGUGCUGGCCUGCGGGCAGCUGGACUUCAGAUAUGAUUCGCGAUCUUUGGGAGCGGCAAGGAAGGUUCGUCUCCUA